GUCAACCUGUCGGGGUCUAACGCUUCUAUCAGUCACAAUCGUGUACCACUCCAACGACAAGGUCAAAAGAAAGCAAAGAGGGCGCAUCUCACACAUCAACUGCAUCAGAAAACAUAGAUUAGAUCUGUGGGAAUGGCGCCUUCUCGAACCGCCACAGCCACGGAUAGUCGGAACCUGGUUAGCCAUCAAAUGAGCACAUUGACGUUAUCUAGAUUUGAUUGGAUCCACCGGUACAGUGUAGCCCACUACGAACCGUUCGGGCGUAACAUGUCGUUCGGCAAAGAAGGACGCGUGGGCUCGUGGCGCUGCGGUCAUUGGGGCUUGGUAGAGGAGUCUCGAGAAAAUUAGAGUCCACAGUCUUCCAACUGAUCGACCUCACUGGCUGAUUUUCGGUUGAUUCUCUCGAAUCUCGAGUCAAGAAACAUUUUUAGAUCCGCCAACGCGCCCGCCGGCUAAUUGUCUUCCCCGUCGGUUGGUUCCAUACGCAAUCCCGGAGGCGCUACCGCUCCACCCUCCUCUUGGCAGAUAGGAGUUUUUAUAUGGGAAACCUCCUAAUGACCGAAUUAGCACGCGCGUCCAGAGAGGGAUCCCACUCGGUUUCCAAGCAAAGAAUAUUCUUUAUUGCGGGGAAGCCCUCGCCAUAGAAUCUUUCAUGGUGGCUAGUGGGACGCUGACGUUAGAGAGACGACAGAAUCAAAUAACAUAUGUAGGGAAGUCCAACCUCACGGUUUUUCACUUCUCUUCCAAUGCCCUCUCUCCGGAUGGCCUCUAGGCUUCUUGACUUCGAAAACUUUCCACUACCUUGUUAAGGACCGCAAUGCGCCAAUGUCCUUGCGGACUUCUUCCGCCUCCCUGAGCUUGUGCUUCUGGCCUGGCAGAGAUCGGACAAUUUUAACCGCUCGCCGUCGCUUGAUAUCUGCCGCCAUUGCCGCUAUUGGAGCCUUUGUUCUAUUCUACCUCUACGCGGUCCCCCAGCUCAAGAGGUUUCGGUUCCGCUCCGAGUUGAGCUGGUACGAUCUGGGACUAUAUGGGUUCGGUCCAUCCCAGAGUUACGUCUCCUUCGACGAGGAAUCGCCAAUCGUUGAAAUUUCCCCGCCUGGUGCACAAUGCGAUCCACGAUAUACUUUUCUUGCGCCACGAGGCGACUCGGUGGCACACCCAGGGCCCAUGAUCUUGGAUGCUUUGGGGGAGUUGGUGUGGAUGAAAUAUAAUUGGGGCACCACACAGGACUUCAGAGUUCAACGCUACAAGGGCCAAGACUACAUCACAUACUGGCAAGGUGACGAGGAAGAUGGACAUGGCCGAGGCUCAUGGUAUAUGCUAGACUCAACAUACGCUACCAAAUACAUUGUCUCCCCCGUUGGCGCAAUGGAUGGCGAUCUUCACGAUUUCCAUAUCACUGUAAAUGAUACGGCUCUGAUCACGAUAUACGACCCUAUCCCGGCCGACUUGACAUCCGUUGGCGGACCCGAACUUGGCUGGCUCUACGAGGGUGUCUUCCAGGAAGUCGACAUUGAGACAGGCGAGCUCCUCUUCGAGUGGCGCUCAUCCAUAUUUUUCCCACCCAGCAGCAGCUACGAGCCACUAAACGACCGGGGUCAUGAGCGAACCUUGGGCUAUGACUACUUCCACAUGAACAGCAUUGACAAGGAUGAUCAAGGUCGCUACCUGGUUUCGGGGCGGCAUACCCACUCCGUCACUUGUAUCGACGGAUUUACUGGCGAGGUGCUGUGGACUCUGGGCGGCAAGGACAACGAAUUCUCCGAUGCAUCGGACGGGGCAGCUACUCAAUUUGAAUGGCAGCAUGAUGCGCGCUGGCAUGGUCCCAACCGAAUAACGCUCUUCAAUAAUGCGGCCAAUGGCGACUACGACCUGCAGAAAAUCAGUCACGGCGCCUUGAUCGAAUUAGACAUUCCUGCUCGCCAAGCGACGUUAUUGACGAGCUACAAUCAUCCCCAAGACCUAAUGGCGACCUCGCAGGGUAAUGUGCAGGUUCUCGACACGGGGAAUGUUCUUGUUGGUUGGGGUCACAGUGCUGCAUAUACGGAGUUCUCCCGCGAGGGGGACGUUUUGUGUGACGCUCACUUCGGCGCAUCGGCGUAUUUCUCCUUCGGCCGGAUUGUUUCAUAUCGCGUUUCCAAGGGCGAUUGGGUCGGUACACCGGACACAAUGCCUGACGCAGCGAUCGCCGAUGACAGUGUCUUUGUGAGCUGGAAUGGCGCUACCGAGGUUGUCUCUUGGAGACUUGAAGCCUGGGACGGCGCAGGGCUGGAAAACAUGAUGUUUGCAGCGGUCGAUCAAGUCGACCGUGAUGGGUUCGAGACCGAGAUUCCACUGCCUCCCGAGGUGACCUCUUUCUUCCGAGUGUCUGCCAUCAAUGCGGACGGUGAUAUCCUACGCACGACAGAAAUCCUGCAACGAGAUUCCUUCUCAGCAAAUAGAAACUUUUUGACAGUCCAUUGGGGGGUGCUCGUGAUUGCAAUUAUCGCGUCGGUCUGUCUCGGGUGUGGCUUGUAUUGUGCCGUGAAUCGUCAGUUGCGACGGCGCCGGUCCGAUGCCUACGGGCUGUACCGAUUAGUCGUACAUAAGGACGAAGCUGAGAAUGAUGCUGAACAUGAUCAUGUGCCAGUUUAGCGUGGGACGCCGGCGUCCUUGAUACCCGACCACUUGCAUUUUAUAUAGAGUUGCAUUUUGUUGUUUUGCACAAUACCGAGUUCUUUUUUCAAACAAUAUCAUCCAAUAUCAUUGUGCUUGAAAUGUUUCGUGUGAGUAUUGCAAUUGUUCAAGUGAGUUGAAUGCGAGACAGCUGCCCGGGAAAACGAAUCCAAGAAGGGGGAACCCUUGCUUCACGACGAAGACUCUGCUAUUACUUGGUACAAGGAAUGCAGGGGCAUAUCUGAUAAGCCGAUGUCGGCUCAGGUCUUUCCCCGAUACUCCCGUUUAGCUCG